AUGAGUGUAGUAUGGCCAAGGCUUUUAACACCUAAUAACCUGUCUCAGAUCAUUAGGAAGCAGAAAAAUCCACCAACAGCUCUCAGAAUUUUCAAUGAAGCCCUAGAGAGAUACCCCAGUCAUCAACACAAUGGUCCAGUUUAUGCUACAAUGAUUGGCAUUCUUGCAAGUUCAAAUCGAAUCAUGGAAAUGAAAGAAGUUAUUAAUCAGAUGAAAGGAGAUUCUUGUGAGUGUAAGGAUAAUGUUUUUGCCACUGCUAUACAGACUUAUGCAAGAGCUGGAUUGUUGAAUGAGGCUGUUUCGCUUUUUAAGAACCUUUCACAAUUCAAUUGUGUGAAUUGGACUCUGUCUUUUAAUACCCUUUUGAGGGUAAUGGUGAAAGAGUCUAAGCUUGAAGACGUUCAUCAAAUAUUCUUGGAGAGUUGUUACGGAUGGGAAGUGAAGUCUCGAGUUCAGUCUCUGAAUUUGCUAAUGGAUGUAUUAUGUCAACGUAAACGAUCUGAUCUUGCAUUGCAAAUUUUUCAGGAGAUGGAUUAUCAGGGUUGUUAUCCUGAUAGGGAAAGUUAUCGUAUCUUAAUGAAGGGUUUGUGUGAUGAUGAGAGACUUCAUGAGGCACAGCACUUGUUGUAUUCUAUGUUUUGGAGAAUCUCUCAGAAGGGUAGUGGUGAGGAUAUUGUGGUAUAUAGGAUUCUUUUAUUUGCUUUAUGUGAUAAAGGGAAAGUUCAAGAGGCAGUGGAGAUUCUUGAAAAGAUUUUAAGGAAGGGGCUUAAAGCUCCUAAGAGUUGUCGCCAUCGUAUUGAUCUUAGUCCAUGUAAUACUGGUGAAGAUAUAGGAAGUACUAAAUGUUUGAUUAGUGAAGCUUUGAUCAGAGGCAGCAUUCCCAGUUUGGCUAGUUACAAUGCAAUGGCUAUUGAUCUAUAUAAUGAAGGUAGGAUUGAUGAGGGUAAUAAACUGCUUGACGAAAUGCGAAGUAAAGGCUUUUGGCCAUCACUGGUGAUUUAUCAGGCAAAAUUGGCUGCUCUGUGUAAAGAAGGUAUGGUUGAUGAAGCGGUGAAGGUGGUUGAAGAGGAAAUGGUGAAAGGAACUUUAGUGCCCACUGUUAAAGUGUAUAAUAUCUUGUUGAAAGGCCUAUGUGAUGCAGGAAAUUCAAAAGUUGCAGUUGGAUAUUUGAACAAGAUGGCUAAACAGGUUGGCUGUGUUGCUAAUGAGGAAACAUGUGGCAUUUUAGUGGAUGGGCUGUGUAGAGAUGGUAGUUUUAUUGAAGCGAGUAAGAUUUUGGAGAAGAUGCUGAUUAAAUCUUAUUGGCCUUCUGUUCACACUUACAAUGUGCUUAUAAGAGGUCUUUGCUCAAUAGGCAGGCAAUAUGAAGCAAUGCUAUGGUUGGAGGAGAUGAUCAGCCAGGGGAAGCUGCCAGAGCCUUCUGUUUGGAGCUGCUUGGUGGCAUCUGUAUGCUGCAAUAUGGCUGACAUGAAUAUUUGCUAUAAUCCCUCUGAGCAGCUGAGUGUUGGUGAUGCAAAUGCUGCUUCAGCUGAAACACCUUUUGUAGGAUCAUCAAGUUCAAAUCCUCAAGAUUGA